AUGGCGUCCAAAAAUAUUUUGCAACUGAUAGAAAAGGAAGUAUGGAAAAAAGUACCCCAGGGAACAUGGAAUAACGACGAUAUCGAUUUAAGAGAGGAUGGUAACGAGGAAACAUAUUUUGAGAAUUCAUUUACUGAAGUGAAAAAUCAUGGACCUACAAAUGAUGAUCCUACAUCAAAGGCCCCGAAUAGGAAUGUUGAUUUUGACUCUUCAGAAAAAAGUUCAGUUAAAAACAUAUUAGAAUAUGUUGUUUUUGUCCCUUGGGAGGAGUUAAGUAAAGAAACACCAGGAAACACCAAGGACGGUCCUUCUAGGCUUCAGUGCUCACCUUCCUCAGAGCCAAACAAAGAAAUAGAAAAAAGUAAAGAAAGUUCAGCCGACGAGGACAACGAAAAAAACAUUGAUGAAGUUGACUACUUUGAUAGUGACGAGGAAUAUAUGGAGACUCAUGGGCUAAGAUACGACGAGAAAGACAUUUUAGAUCCAUUACAAGAGGAUUCCUCUGAACCUUUAAGAAGCAGAUAUAGUAAAGGAGUGGAACAAUAUAGAAACAUACCUGUUUACAGAAGAUCAAUACAAAUUUUUGCAAGAGACAAUGAGUUUGAAAUUUAUGAUGUCAUUCCUGAUGGUAAUUGUAUGUUUCGAGCUAUUGCUGACCAGUUCAUGAUAAAUGGUCGAAUUGGGUAUUCAGCUGAACGUUUACGAUGUACAGCAAUAGAAUAUUUAAGAAAGCAUCCUUACAAAGAAGAUGGCAAUCAUAUCCAAUCCUUUCUUUGUACCGAGUCUUGGGAAGAUUAUCUCUCCAGAAUGUCCACAUCGAGUGAGUGGAGUGAUCACAUAGUUCUCCAGGCUGUGGUUGAUGCCUAUAACUUAGAGGUCGUUAUCUUCAAUGUCUUUCAGGACGACAUUAGGAGAACUGAGGUUCACCCAGAAAAUAGAAGAAAUCGAAAACAAAUGCUGAUUUUUCUAGGACAUUUGGGAGAAUUUCAUUACUUGAGUUUGCGCCCAGCUCAUUGGACAUCAACGUGGCCUUACAGGUCCGCUUUAUAUAGACUUUUGGCGUGUUCUUAUAAAAUGUCUCCCGCUGCAAGGCAAGAACUGAUACAGAAUAAAAUCAUAGAAAUGGGAGCCAGUGAUAUGGUGAAUCAAGAAUUCUUAGACAUGGUUCACAUUCUACCUGAAGGGCGUGAAAAACUAACCGAUCCGGAAAAAUCAUCAAAGAAAAAACAUGCACAUUCAUCAGAAAGUCAUGGAGAAAAAUCUAUGUUAGCUUUUGACACGUUCUGUUUCAAAGAUCUACAACUUCAAGAAUCGGAAGAUUCUUUGAACAUUAUUUUCUACGAUCCAAUGCACAUUGACACCAUAACUGGGAUUCCACUUCCUCAUUUAUCCUACAUCCUCAAGCAGUUAUUUCCCCGUAGAAUGAUAAACUCAUACUUUGGGGCACAAUGUCCUCAAGUUUUCUCUGGUGUAUUUCUUCACUGCAUCGGAUCAUCUGCAGAUGGGAUAAAUGUUUUCUUGAAAGACAUCAGUAAAAAACAAACAAAGCGCAGUUUUUAUAACAGACAUAAACAGAAAAAAGGUAGAGAAUUUGUUCUUAUUCCUCUAGAGAAAGUAGUACGACAUUCUGAUAUAACUGAAUAUCAAACCUCAGUAGAAAGUAUUUUCGCAGAUUCAUCAAAAACCCAUCCAGGAUAUUGUCACUUAAGACUAUCUCCUUAUACGAAAGAAUUUGAAAGAAAUGUUUUGCAAAAAGAAUCGGAAAAGUUUCUCAUGGAAAUAGAUUUAGAUGCAGCUGUUUCUAUACCAGGGGAUGCCCAUGUUAAGUACAAAGGACUAGUUUGUGAAACAUUUCCUCCAUCAACUGAGGAGUGGAGAAUUCGAGAGAGAAAAUUUACAUUUCCUUCUCGCCAACUCAUUCAAAAUAUUUUGCGAGGUAAAUGUACAUUGAUUAAAAAAGCACAUCCUUACAGUAAAGUACCAGAUAUCGAAUGGAAGUACAAUUUUUCUUUGGCUGAGUAUACAAUAUUUACAACUGGUCUAACUGGUUCUCAGAUUCAUGGAUUCUGUGUGAUCAAAGUUUUGGUUGAAAACAUGACUUUCCAUCUCACGAAGCAAUUGAAAAAUAAGCAUUUGAAAGCUGUAUAUUUGCGGGCUCUUGAGGAAAUACCUUGUGCAGCCUGGGAAACCAAUUUUAGUGGAUGCAUUCUAUUUAUCAUAAGUAAUUUGGUAGACAAUUUGAAGGCGAAAUUCCUUCCACAUUAUUUUAUCCCUAGUAACAAUCUUAUAGAAUGCUACUCAGCUGAAGAGAUUAAAGCUAUUUGUGUCAAUGUUGAAUGCAUCCGCAUGUUUCCAGUGGCAGUCACCCAAAUCAUUGCAGAAAACCACGGCUAUCAUCAUGCCUCAAAGGUGAUCCGAUUAGUCUUUGCAAAUUGCAAAUCCUUUAUGCACAAUAAAGACUUGACAACAGUAUUUAUAAAUGCGUUCACACCUGGAACAUUGUGUUCCAUCAAAGUCAUGACGAGACUAGGAUUUUAUGACACUGCAUUUCAACUUCUACAAUACGUCCACGAGCAAAUGCUUCUUAUACCGAUGCCGACGGAAUGUUAUGAGAUACCAAGUUUCCUUGAAUUCUUCCAUAUGGCGUUGAAAAGCUUGCGCCAAAAAUCAUCACGCAUUAUUCUAGCCAAAUAUUUUGACAUCCAAUUUAAGACUGAUAUCUUGAAGGAACACAUUGAUGAUGAUGCAACAUACACUAAAAACAUCCUGCCCUGGAAGGUAGAUUUUGAAAUUGGAUUGGCCGAAGUCCCAAAAGAAAAAACAAGAGACUUUUCCUCCCUCGCUGAUUUCUUUUACGCAUAUAGCUCAAGAGAAUUUGAAAAGAAAAAUUCAACACUAUCUGUCCUAGCUAUUGAAAUAGCAAUACUCUGUAUUAAAAAGGCCAUCAACACGGAUACGAUUAGAAUGGAAGAAAUAGAGGAUGGGAACUUGAAGGAAGAAAUCUUAUCUCAAAAAGACAGGAUGGUUAGGAAUCUGAAGAAGAAGCUUGAGAUAUGCUAUAAGCAUAUGUAUGCAAUCUCAUUACAGUAUCUUACAUUUAAACCUUUACAAGACCACAUGGAUGACAUUGAAAAACUUUGUGAUGAGCUUCCAGAAAUGGCACUCUGUGUCAGUAGAAUGUUUAGAUAUCUGAAAAGGGAAGAAAAAGCCUCAGAAUAUGAGCACAGAUACACCACCGCUUUCAAGAGAAAACAUGCAUACUUGUCGUAUGAUUUUUAA